GUCCAAGAGUGUUUCAAAUCCAAUUUUGAGAAUUUUCACUCGCAGUGGAAGGAAAGUAAAUACGAGUGGUUGCCCAAUUUUCCGGAAAUACCUAAACGAUUAGGGGAACAAUUGGAUAUCGAAUAUUUGAAAGGUUUAAGCAUGGACGAAACGUUAUUGAAAGCGUAUAAAUUUCUGCAAACAUUCGCAGUAGCUUUAGAACAAAUGGUAUGGGAUCAAGAAGAGUACAAUCUACCGUUUUACAAAUACUUUAGGGAGGCCGAAUUGAAACUACGUGCG